GGAACGGUUAAUGAAUCAAGAGAGAGAGAUAUCAAUUCUGGAGAGUUAGCUAGGGCGGAGCAUCUUUCAAUCGGAGAAGAAGACAGAAGAAUCUGCUAAUGUCCGGCAGUUGAGGACGAUCAGACAAGAAAGACAACGACGGUUCCAAAAUUAGAGAGCUCUAAUUCCGUUUUCAAUUAGUGAAAGAAGGAGAAAUGACAUCAACGAAGACUAAUUGCUAAGAAACCAGAAGAGGCCGACAAAAUCAUCUAUACUUCGGAUUUAUUCGAUCUAUCUCCUCUAUUUUACUUCGCUUUGCUGUUCAGGGGUGAGUGGAAGGAUCUCGAAUUCAAGGAAUAUAACUUCCUAGCAAAAGGUCAGAGGUACAUUGCUCAAGGUACGUCAACAAUUCAAGAUGAUCUUUCUUCAGAUGGGGUUUGAGGAGAUGCCCACAAACAAUUUUGUUGAAAGCAGGUUCUGGAAUUUUGAUGCACUUUUUCAGCCACAACAGCAUCCUGCUCGUGAUUCUCACGACACAUUCUUCCUCCAAGUCCCUUCCACUACAAAGACACUACCAGAAGAUUAUGUUGAGAGGGUGAAGAACAUUCAUGAAUAUGGAGGACAUGGUUCAAGAGGUUAUGGAUAUGACUGGAAACGAGAGGAAGCAGACAAAAACCUUCUAAGAACUCAUACUACAGCUGUUUGUUUCAUCAAGGAUGCUUUACCAGCUUGCCAAGGCACUACAGGUGUUAUAUAGGAACCUCUAUGGCCUCCAUAUUGUAGGUGAGAGAGUUAGCCUGUAAAGAAUCUUUUGUCCAAAAGUGGCUGGGACAAUGAAGAAUAUACACUUCUUUGAGUGUGUUUGGACUUUGGACACUAAGUUUUCAUUGGAAUAUUAUCUUUUUGGUCUUGGUCAGCUAUUCCAAAUCUCUGAAUACUUCAAUAGUCUUAUGACUCUUAUUGUAUUUAGCGAAUUGACUACUGACAUUGAUU